UUAUAAAUGCGUAAAAGGUGUAUCUCAGAUCGAAAAGAAAGUUUGCGGUGUAAAAGUUAUUAACAAAAAGUUUAACUGCUGUACAUAUAUCUAGUUAGACACACCCCAAUUUUAAUACAGCAUGUCUGCGAAAGCGAUCACGGAAGCCACUGGCAAAGACCUGCUCAACCGUCACCUAAAUCAACAUGGAGCCGGCGCCGCAACCUGCCGCUUUGCCACAGUCAACGCCGGCACCAAUUGGUCCAAAUUGAGCGUCGAUCAUUCCUGGUUGCUGACCACGCCACUGGUGGUGAAGCCCGAUCAACUGAUUAAGCGACGUGGCAAAUUGGGUCUCGUUGGCGUCAAGAAGAGUUUUGAGCAGGUGAAACAAUGGAUUGGCGAGCGUCUCAACCAGGAUCAGAAGAUUGGCAAUGCCGUUGGCAAAUUGCGCAAUUUUAUAAUCGAACCUUUUGUGCCGCACACAGAGGCCGAGGAAAUGUAUGUUUGCAUCUAUUCGCAUCGAUCGGCGGACACCAUUCUGUUCUAUCAUCUGGGCGGCGUCGAUAUUGGCGAUGUGGAUGCAAAGGCUGUCAAGUUGGAUGUGCCCGUGGACAGUGAAUUAUCGCUGGCGGAUGUGAAGACAACGCUGCUGAAGGCCAUUACGGAUGAGUCGAAGAAGGAGCGCAUUGCCAACUUUAUAUAUGCGCUAUAUGCAACAUUUGCCGAAUUGUAUUUCACGUAUCUGGAGAUAAAUCCAUUGGUCGUGACCGCCGAUAAUUUGUACAUAUUGGAUUUGGCAGCCAAGCUGGACUCGACUGCCGAUUUCAUAUGCCGUCCAAAUUGGGGCGAAAUUGAUUAUCCGCCGCCAUUCGGACGCGAUGCCUUUCCCGAGGAGGCCUAUAUUGCGGAUCUCGAUGCGAAGAGUGGUGCCUCGCUUAAGUUGACGAUUUUGAAUCGAAACGGACGCAUUUGGACAAUGGUCGCUGGCGGCGGUGCCAGUGUCAUCUAUUCGGAUACGAUUUGUGAUCUCGGUGGCGCCACAGAGUUGGCCAACUAUGGUGAAUAUAGCGGUGCUCCAUCCGAACAGCAGACGUACGAAUACGCCAAGACGAUACUCAAUCUGAUGACGUCGUCGCCAAAACAUCCCGAUGGCAAAGUGCUGAUUACGGGCGGAGGCAUUGCUAAUUUUACGAAUGUUGCAUCGACCUUCCAAGGUAUCAUUACGGCCCUGCGCGAAUUCCAGUCGAAGCUGGUCGAGCACAACGUGUCGAUUUUUGUGCGCCGUGCCGGACCCAAUUAUCAGGAGGGAUUGCGUCGCAUGCGUGACUUUGGCAGCACCUUGGGCAUACCGUUGCACGUCUUUGGCCCCGAGACGCACAUGACCGCCAUUUGUGGCAUGGCGCUGGGCAAACGGCCCAUUCCACAGGCGGCCAGCAUGGAGUUUUCCACGGCGAAUUUUUUGCUGCCCGGCGGACAGCAGGCGCAGGCGGAUCUUAAGGCGGCAGCCGAGUCCAAUGCUCUUGGCUCCGCAUUGCGCUCGACAACAGUACAACCGAUUAAACUACCACCUAUCUCGGCAGAUGAGAGCGAUGGCCUCGCCGGCAAUAAUCACCAGCAGCUGCAGCUGGGCAAGAGCAACGGAGCGAACGCGAAUUUGAAUCGAAAAUUCUUCUCCAAUACAACCAAAGCGAUUGUUUGGGGCAUGCAGCAACGUGCGGUGCAAUCGAUGCUCGAUUUUGACUUCAUUUGCAGGCGUGAUGAGCCUUCCGUAGUGGCCAUGGUCUAUCCGUUUACGGGCGAUCACAAGCAAAAGUACUACUGGGGGCACAAGGAGAUCCUGAUUCCAGUGUACAAGAAGAUGUCCGAUGCCAUACACAAGCACAAGGAGGUCGAUGUUAUGGUCAAUUUUGCAUCGCUGCGUUCCGCCUUCGAUUCAACGCUGGAGGUGCUCGAAUUCCCCCAGAUACGCACAGUGGCUAUCAUUGCCGAGGGCAUACCAGAGAACAUGACCCGUAAGCUGAUUAUCGAGGCAGACAAGAAGGGUGUCGCUAUUAUUGGACCCGCUACAGUGGGUGGCGUUAAACCUGGUUGCUUCAAGAUUGGCAACACUGGCGGCAUGUUAGAUAAUAUUCUGCACUCGAAGCUCUAUCGUCCCGGCAGCGUGGCAUAUGUGUCCCGCUCCGGUGGCAUGUCCAAUGAGCUGAACAACAUCAUAUCGAAGGCAACCGACGGCGUUAUCGAGGGCAUUGCCAUUGGUGGCGAUAGAUAUCCGGGCUCCACAUUCAUGGAUCACAUAUUGCGCUACCAGGCUGAUCCGGAAACGAAACUGAUUGUUCUGCUGGGCGAGGUAGGUGGCACCGAGGAAUAUGAUGUGUGCGCCGCUGUCAAGGAUGGACGUAUCACCAAGCCACUCGUGGCCUGGUGCAUUGGCACCUGCGCCAGCAUGUUCACCUCGGAAGUGCAAUUCGGUCACGCUGGCUCCUGUGCCAAUUCCGAUCGUGAGACGGCCACGGCCAAAAACAAAGCGUUGCGCGACUCUGGCGCCUAUGUGCCCGACUCCUUUGAUACACUGGGCGAGCUCAUCCAUCAUGUGUACAGCGAACUGGUGAAAACGGGACGCAUUGUGCCCCGCGAGGAGGUGCCGCCACCUACGGUGCCCAUGGACUAUUCGUGGGCCCGUGAACUGGGCCUCAUCCGCAAGCCGGCGUCGUUUAUGACCUCGAUCUGUGAUGAGCGCGGCCAGGAGCUGAUGUAUGCGGGCAUGCCGAUCAGUGAGGUGCUCAACAAGGAUGUGGGCAUUGGUGGCGUCAUCUCGCUGCUCUGGUUCCAGCGGUGUCUGCCCCCCUAUGUGUGCAAGUUCUUCGAGAUGUGCCUGAUGGUCACGGCUGAUCAUGGACCCGCCGUCUCUGGCGCCCACAAUACCAUCGUGUGCGCCCGUGCCGGCAAGGAUCUGGUCUCUUCCGUCGUCAGCGGUCUGCUGACCAUCGGCGAUCGCUUUGGUGGCGCACUUGAUGGCUCCGCCCGGCAAUUUUCGGAGGCAUACGACACCAAUUUGCAUCCCAUGGAGUUUGUGAACCAAAUGCGCAAGGAGGGUAAACUCAUUCUGGGCAUUGGACAUCGUGUCAAGUCCAUUAACAAUCCCGAUGUGCGUGUCAAGAUCAUCAAGGAGUUUGUCCUCGAGAAUUUCCCUCAGUGUCCGCUGCUCAAGUAUGCGCUGGAGGUGGAGAAAAUUACCACCACAAAGAAACCAAAUUUAAUAUUGAAUGUGGAUGGUGUUAUUGCCACCGCCUUUGUGGAUAUGCUGCGCAACAGUGGCUCCUUCACCAGUGAGGAGGCACAGGAGUACAUCAAUGUGGGUGCCAUCAACUCGCUGUUUGUGCUGGGACGCAGCAUAGGCUUCAUCGGUCAUUAUAUGGAUCAGAAGCGUCUCAAGCAGGGAUUGUACCGUCAUCCGUGGGACGAUAUCUCCUAUGUCAUACCCGAGCAAUACAACUAGAGAGCAAGGCAUGCUUUGCUUGUUGGCUUGCUCAUCCAUUGAUAUUAUAAAUUGUUGGAUGUUUUUGUAGUUAAGCACUGAUGUUAAUCAACUCUGCUAGCAUGGCGAGCAUGGAACACGGGGGCCGCAUGUUCCACAGAAUCACAGAACACUCCAUUAGCUGUGUAGUUGAGUUUCAAUUCAAUUCUCUCUAUCGAUAUAUAUAUAUAUAUAUAUAUAUUAAAUUAUAUAUAUAUUAAAUUUAUAUAUAUAUAUAUCUAUAAAUGCAUAUAGAUAUGUAUAUAUAUGCUCUGCUUUUGCUCGUUUGUCUCCCAGUCCCAUUAGCCCCCUCCCCCUAUCUAUCUCUUAGUUAAAUACAUUAUAUAUUUCAUAACUAAGUCUGCAUUUACAUUCAUACAACUUACCAGCAUAUAAAGUUAUUUAGUUACGAUCGUAUAUUGUUGACGCUCAUCUGGGUUUUUGGAAAAAAUCGAAGAAAAAAAUAUAUAAUAAAGAAAAAAAUAAACUUAGUGAAAUCUUGAGCACCAAACAGGGACACUUGUCAUUAUUAUUUGAUAUUUUUUAUAUUCUUAUUUUAGUUUGGAUGCAAAUUAGUUUAGUCAACAAAUAAUAAAAUGUUUGCAAAAUGCA